AUGGAGGGCGGCGCAGAUAAUUCCUCCUCUAGCGCUCACAUGGCCUCUGCCCCCGCACAUGCCACAGCCGACUCGACGUCUGAACCAGCUGCCACCCCCGGGACCGGCACUGGCAUACCUCUGCGAGAGUCUAGGCCUGUCGCUGCCGCCGACGAUCAGGCAGCUCUGCCAGAGUUGACGCUCCCUCCCAUUGUGGCCCCCUCAUCCUACCUGCGCGUCAAGAAGCCGUCCCCGUCCACCCCGACCGUCAUGCCCUCCCCGCUCGAGACCAAGACGCAGAGCCCUCUCGACCGCGAGCAGAGCGAAGGCCUGGAGGCCAUUCGCGAGUUUCUCAAAGUGCGCACCAGCUACGACGUGCUGCCUCUGUCCUUCCGCCUUAUCGUCCUCGACACCGACCUGCUCAUCAAGAAAAGCCUCAAUAUCCUGAUUCAAAAUUCCAUCGUCUCUGCCCCGCUAUGGGACUCUCAAACAUCGCGAUUUGCUGGUCUCUUGACCAGCACUGACUACAUCAACGUCAUCCAAUACCAUAUCCAGUAUCCCGACGAGAUAAGCAAGCUCGAUCAGUUCCGUCUGCGCAGUCUACGUGACAUUGAAAAGGCAAUCGGCGCCGUCCCGAUCGAAACACUCUCCGUGCACCCGUCGCGGCCUCUGUUUGAAGCAUGCAAGCAGAUGCUCAAGACCCGAGCGCGCAGAAUCCCUCUCGUCGAUGUUGACGACGAGACGGGGCGCGAAACCCUCAUCUCCGUCAUCACCCAAUACCGCAUCCUCAAGUUCAUUGCCGUCAACAAUGCGGAUUACACCGUCAUGCUUAAGAAGACGGUGCGAGAAAUUAACUUGGGCUCCUACAACAACCUUAUCACCUCGACAAUGGACGCCACAGUUCUGGAUGUGAUCCGCCUCAUGGUGGACAGCAACAUCAGCUGCAUCCCCAUACUCGACAGCGACGGCCGAGUCCUAAACGCAUUCGAAGCAGUCGACAUUAUCCCGUGCAUCAAGGGUGGCGUGUACGAGGAUCUCGGCGGCUCUGUCGGCGAGGCCCUUUGCAAACGCCCCGACGACGCCCCCGGCAUCUACACCUGCAGCGAAGACGACCGACUCGACGCCAUCUUUGACGCCGUCCGAAAGAGCAGAGUUCACAGGCUCAUUGUCAUUGAUGACGAUAACAAGCUCAAGGGCGUCAUUUCCCUUUCGGACAUCUUGAAAUACGUGCUAGAUGAAGAGGGCGAAGAUGGGGCCUAG